CUAAGAGCCGAAGGAUGCCGUGCGUGGCCGACUGGCUCAACUGCCCCCUCAGCAUCGCGCAGGGCAUUUUCGCUCAAAAUAAUCCAGAUCCUGAGUGGGAGGGGAAAGUAACUGAAUACUUCCGAGAGAAGCUAAAAGAAAAUAAUGCAACAAACUGGGUACCUUCAUUGAAUGAUGUCCCUCUGCAUUAUCUGAAGCCCAAUAGUUUAGUAAAAUUUCGCUGCAUGAUUCAAGAUAUGUUUGAUCCUGAAUUUUAUAUGAAUAUCUAUGAAACUGUUGACACACAUACUAAAACACGUGUUAUGCAUUUUGGAAAAUACAGAGACAUAGCAGAAUGUGGGCCUCACCAAGAAAUAGACUUAAACCCUACAAAAAUAGUCACUGCGGAGAGACAAACAUUUUAUUGUGUUCCAGUGCCUGGAGAAUCAGCAUGGGUGAAAGAAAUAUCCUUUGACUUUUUUGGCUAUAUGUUUAUGAGUCAAGCUCGAGUUUGCCCUUCAACAUCCUACACGCCAAGUCGUCACAAGAGAAGUUAUGAGGAGGAUGAAGAUAUGGAAUUGCAUCCAUCUAAACAAAGGGAACAGCAUCUGGGGAGCGUAGCUGAUAUCCAUGGGAGUGGAGAGCCAAAGCGAUUAGAAACUGAAGCUUCAGCAACGCAUCAGACGAUAUCCUUAAACUGCUCAUCUCCACUAGAUUUAAACUUCCCACUCCCGGGAGAGAAGGGUCCUGCGUGCCUUGUGAAGAUGUAUGGAAACUGGGAUAACUUCAAGGUGAAUGAUGUUCUUGAAGUCUAUGGGAUUUUAUCAGUUGACCCAGUCCUGAAUGUAUUGAACAAUGAAGACAGGGAGAAUUCAUCAUCUCCAGUGGAUUGUAUGGACACAGUAGAAGAACAAAGAGUUCAUAGUCCUCCAGCCUCAUUAGUUCCCAGAAUCCAUGUCAUUUUAGCACAGAAACUUCAACACAUAAAUCCAUUAUUGCCUGCCUGCCUUAAUGAAGAGGAAAGCAAGAUAUUUGUUUCUAGUUUUAUGUCGGAACUGUCACCAGUCAGAGCAGAACUUCUUGGGUUCCUUACUCAUGCCUUCUUGGGAGACAGCCUGGCUGCUGAAUAUCUUAUAUUGCAUCUCAUCUCUACGGUUUAUGCAAGAAGAGAUGUCCUUCCUCUGGGAAAGUUCACUAUCAACUUAAGCGGCUGUCCAAGAAAUAGUGUCUUCACCGAGCAUGUAUACCGCAUUAUUCAGCAACUUGUUCCUGCCUCCUACCGCCUGCAGAUGACCAUAGAGAACAUGAACUGCUUACAGCUUAAGCCUCACAAGGAUUACACAGUGAAUCGCUUGGUCAGUGGAGUACUACAACUGGCAAGCAAUACUUCUCUUGUCAUAGAUGAGACUCUGCUUGAACAAGGACAGCUUGACACACGAGGUGUACACAACGUGACGGCUCUUGGCCAUCUGAUAACUUGGCAGAAGGUGGAUUAUGACUUCAGUUACCACCAGAUGGAAUUCCCAUGCAACAUUAAUGUCCUUAUCACUUCAGAGGGCAGAUCACUCCUACCGUCAGACUGUCAGGUCCACCUGCAGCCGCAGCUCAUUCCCCCCAACAUGGAAGAACACAUGAACAGUCUGCUUACGGCAGUGCUGCCAUCCAUCCUGAACAAGUUCCGCAUUUACCUCAGCCUGCUGAGACUGUUGGAUUACAGCAUAUCCGAUGAAGUUACCAAGGCAGUAGAAGAUGACUUUGUGGAAAUGCGUAAAAAUGACCCUGAGAGUAUCACAGCUGAUGACCUGCAUAGAACUCUGCUCAUAGCAAGGUUUCUUUCACUCAGUGCAGGACAGACAACAUUGUCAAGAGAACGGUGGCUAAAAGCAAAGCAGUUGGAGGCACUGCGUAAAGCCGGAUUGCAGCAGCAGAAGUCUGUCAAUGGAAAUGAACUCUAAAGCUACAGUAGCUACUGUACUUACGUGACUGCAAACGUUGCCUAAUCUAUGUGGAACUAGCACUAAAGGAGCUUUUGUUUAUAUUGGAUUUUGUAGAUAAUUUGUAUCAGAAAAAUUAUGGCUGUUCUCUUUCAACUUGAACACGGUUCAGGUGUUCAGUGGGUUAAUACAGACCACAUAAAAUUUUGGGCUUGUUUUGUAACUUGAGAACUAGUAACUACGAAAAGUGUUUGGUAUUAAAUUUUACUACAAAA